UUGGCGCAAGUAGAAAGUACGAUGCACAUAGUCUAGAAGUGUUUCCCUAUCAAUGGAUGAUAACAACAACAAUGAGCUCAAAGUUUGUGCUCAGGCAGCAAACAAAUUGAUAAAAGAAUUGCAGAACCUGUGCAUUCGAAAUCGGUACCUUGAGGAGGCUGUGGAAGCUGAUGAAAUGCGUCUGAGCGCCCGCAAUGAUCGCCUGUCUUCAUUGCAACAGACAUUCGCAACACUUGAGCACAGAAAAAAAAGCCUGAUGGAAGAUAAACGUAAAAAUAUCGAAGCCUGCAUACUGAGCGCUCGGGAGCACUCACAGAACAAGCUUUGCACACCAGCAACCCACCUGCUGGCGGUUACUGACGCGGGGCUUUCUUCAGGCCAGCAACCAACCCUUCCGCUUGAUCAACAUCUUCAUCCCCUACAUCAUGAUGCCACAUCUACGAUUUUGGACUCACACAGUGGGGAUAAAAUGAGAGAAAUCUGUGAUCAACUGUGCCUAUUGCGCCGAGAAAACGAAGAGCUGGCUAAACAGGCAAGGGAUUGUAGUGGCCGAGCCGAGAUGAUGGAUAGGUCAUUGUCUAUCGGGAAUCUUUCUGCACAAGUCAAAGCAUCACGAGAUAAACAAAUGCUUUCAGAAAUGAAAAAGCAAGUGCAUGCGUUGCAGAAUAGUAUAAAAAUUCUUGAGUUGGCACUCAACCAAAACGAUGCAAAGACUUGA